CUUCAUCUCUCAAGAAUCAAAAGAAACAAAGGUGAAAAAAAAAAAACAGAGCAAUGGAGAAAAGGGAAGAUCUUGAGACAAUUUUAGCCUACUUACCGCUAGAGAUUCAGGAAUCAUCUCUGUCUUGGCCAUCGUCGCACUUGGUGGAAGUUUUAGAAGCUAUGACUAAAGGACCGAGUUACAGCCGAGUUGACUCGGGACAAACACUGUCUGAUUCCAUCUCUGACAUGAGACAAUCUCUCUCUUUACCUUCUCAGCUUUCUUUUUCAGCUCUUGAAGGCUACGCUCUCUUCUUCGACGAGAGAAUGUCGAAAGAAGAAUCAAGCAAAUGGUUUAACGAUAUUUUACCUGCAAUGGCUUGUCUUCUUCUGAGAUUCCCAUCUCUCUUGGAAUUACACUAUCUAAAUUCUCAGAGUCUCAUCGAUGGAAUUGAAACCGGUCUUCGUGUCUUAGGCCCCAAGAAAGCCGGCAUUGUGUUCCUCAGCCAAGAACUUAUAGGAGCGUUGCUUUCAUGUUCUUUCUUCUGUUUGUUUCCUGUCGAUAAUAGAAGCUCAAAUCAGCUUCCAAACAUCAAUUUCGACAAACUAUUCGGAAGCCUAAUCAACACGGGACGAAACGAGCACCAAGAAAACAAGAUAAAGUGCAUAGUUCAUUACUUCACGAGGCUAUCUUCCUGUAUCCCUCCUGGAUUCGUCUCGUUCGAACGAAAGAUUCUCUCUUUAGAACAAGAUCCUUCUGGUCUCGAAGUUUGUCCUGAUGAAGAUUUUUGGAGCACAUCUACUCUCACUCUCUGCCCUGUUGAGGUUAAUACUUCUGGUUUGAUAGAGGAUCAAAGCGUUGAAGCUCUUGAAGUUGACUUUGCCAACAAGUACUUAGGAGGUGGCGCUCUACGCAAGGGAUGUGUCCAGGAAGAGAUUCGAUUCAUGAUCAAUCCAGAAUUGAUAGCUGGUAUGCUCUUCUUACCAGCCAUGGAAGUCUCUGAAGCAAUUGAAGUUGUUGGUGCUGAAAGAUUCUCUCGUUACACAGGAUAUUCAUCUUCCUUUCGGUUUGCUGGUGAUUACAUGGACACAAAGGAAAAAGAUGUUUUUGGAAGGCGAAAAACAAGAAUCGUCGCCAUAGAUGCUCUGCGUCAUCCUGGAAUCUCCCAAUACAAACCUGAAUGCCUCAUCCGGGAGACGAAUAAGGCUCUCUGUGGUUUCCUCCAUGUCUGCAAGAAUCAGUGCAUAGAUCAUGAAGAUGGAGUUAGUGUUGCUACAGGGAAUUGGGGAUGUGGUGCUUAUGGUGGAGAUCCUGAGCUCAAAUCUCUUCUUCAAUGGAUUGCUGUUUCACAGGCGAGAAGACCGUUCAUGUCUUACUACACUUUUGGAUUUGAAGCACUACAUAACCUAAAUCAGGUAACGGAAUUGGUUAUAUCCAAAGGAUGGACGGUGGGAGAUUUGUGGAAGAAACUGGUCGAGUAUUCGAACCAGAGGUUAAGAAGCAACAAGAAAAGAAGAGAGCCUAAACUUGGUUUGUUUGAUUGGCUUAUCUCGACCAAAUCUGCUUAAUUAAAACUUUUGUUCUAAGCAACAAAUCUCAGUCUGGUUUCAGACAGAGUAUAUCAUUUGUAUUUUCGAGUGAAGUUUAUAUAUAAAAAUAAAAGGCAGUGAGAGAAUUAAAAUAGAGAAAAACUCUUUUGACAGAAAAUAAUGAAACUUGCAAUACACGAUAAUGAAACUAGGGUCCAUAAUAAACAGAGAUUUGUCACAUAGCCAAGCGGCUUUGGUCUUGGUUGUGAGAAUCUCUAGUUUCAACUGGAACCAGAGCCGGAGCCAAAGCUUGGACAGGACCAGGAGGCUGAACCAGAGCCAGAGCCGAAGCCGAAGCUUGGGCAGGAGCAGGAGGUUGGACCAGAGCCGGAGCUUGAGGAGAAGGAGUAUUAGGAGCUUGAGCCGGAGCAGGAACCAGUGGGCUCCUUCUAUCUGGCUCUAAAGCAUCGUACUGGGCCGCGGCCAAUGCAGCCAACAUCUCUAGCGGAGUCGGAUUAUAAUGCCUCGUUACUGGUAUUGGGGAGACAAAGUUGAGUAACAACAAGGAAAGUAUCGUUUUCUCCAUAAAGAACCUAUUUCAUCUUCAACUCCGUUAUCAAAAUUAUUAUUUUCGGUCAAAUUAUUCUCUCUAAAUUGUUAUUGACUUCUUAUGUAAAC